CCUGGCAUCAGAGAACUGUCCUUCCUCCAGCCUCUGAAUAAAGAUCUCUUUUUCCUCAGAAGGAAGUGUCUGAAAUUUAUGGAUUCAUAUAUUUAUUUCUGAGAGUAACUAAAAAGGCGCAUUCAGUAAGAGUGUUUAUACACACCCACUGCUUGGCUCAGUUUAACAGCAGAACUACAGGGAGAGUCUACACAGACUGUAGGUGUGCAGACAGAGUGGGGUCAUACGGAGUUGAUCUCCACAUGGAACGCUGGCUGGUGAGACUGCUGCUGUUUCGGGCAGUAUGGAAUGGUGUUAUUGGGAAAAAACACUUUGUGAAUAAAAGGGGACUCAUUGAAUUAUACGGAACCCUACAAUGUGGUACAAACCGAUUUCCUUUUCUCUAUGUAAGUUACGGAUGCUAUUGUGGUCCAGGAGGAAGUGGAUGGCCUAUAGAUGAAACAGAUUGGUGCUGCCAUAGACAUGAUUGCUGUUACGACUUUGCACAACAACAAGGCUGUCAACCUAAAAUACAGGGAUAUAAAUGGACUUGUCAGAACAAUACUGUGAUAUGUGAUGCUGCUCUAGACAAAUGUCAAAAUAUAAUUUGCCAGUGUGACAAAGAAGCGGCUCAGUGUUGGAGAUCUGCACCAUUCAAAAAGAACUAUGCCUUCUGGCCAUAUUAUCUUUGUGGUCAAAUAUAUCCUUCAUGUAGCUAUAGGCAUUAAUAGAUUUUUAUAAUAAACAAUUUAAGACUGAUGCGUUUUUGUUUUAA